AUGGAUGCGUCAAGAGAACAAAAUAUAAUUGUGAAGCCAAAGUCAUUUUGGAAGAGAAAAUGGCCCAAGAUAAAGAAAAAAUUUAUUUUUGUUAGUUUCUUUAUACAUUUUUCCUGUCUUUUCGCACCCUUUCAAAUCAAUUUAGGUGCUAUUUCGAUUUGUUUUGUUUUAUAUAUUAUCACAGGUCUCUUUGGCAUCACUAUUUCAUAUCACCGAAAUCUUACACAUAAGACUUUCAAACUUCCCAAAUGGCUCGAAUACUUGCUUGCUUACUGCGGACUUCAUGCCCUUCAGGGUGAUCCAAUUUAUUGGGUGAGCAUACAUAGAUAUCAUCAUCAAUAUGUUGAUACUCCAACAGAUCCACAUAGCCCGAUUAAAGGAUUUUGGUUUAGUCAUGUUACUUGGUAUCUUCAGAAGAGGAAUCAAAGCGUUAGUGAAAUGAUUCCAAGGCAUCGAAAAUGGGAAAAUGUUACAGAUUUGGAGAAGCAAACAUUCUAUAGGUUUCUUCACAAAACAUAUUUACUUCAUCCAAUUACUCUUGCAGCCAUACUUUAUAGCAUUGGAGGCGCUCCUUUCUUCAUUUGGGGAAUGUGUGUGAGAAUCGUAAUUGUUUUACAUGCAACAUUCUUAGUGAAUUCAGUAUGUCAUAUGUGGGGAAAGCAACCAUGGAAAACAAACGACUUAUCUAGAAACAAUGGGUGGAUAAGUUUGCUUGCAUUUGGAGAAGGUUGGCACAAUAACCACCAUGCCUUUGAAUAUUCAGCGAGGUUGGGCAUUGAAUGGUGGCAAUAUGAUCCCGGUUGGUAUGUUAUUAGGUUUCUUGAAGCCAUUGGAGUGGCUACUCAUGUCAAAUUGCCAUCUCAAACCCAUAUGCAAAAGUUGGCCAAUGAUUAACUAAGAGAACCCUUUCUUUAAGUGAUGUAUUACAUGGAAAUAAUUAUGCUUCUAAAAAUAAUGUGGAAUAAUGUGAAAUAAAAGAAAUGCCAAUGCAUGUUAGUUGCUACAAUUAUAAUAAAAUUUUAU